AUGAAGGUGGACGGAUCUCAAGAGCUGUUUCAGUCAAUGUCUGGAGCGGAACCCAUCUGGGUGUCCCAGACUCCUCCAUCUUUCGGCUCCGGGACUGAGAGCUCCCCAUCCCUCUCUUCGUCGUUCGACUUCAUGGAUGCCCCCAAAGAAGAACCCACUCCUUACGGACUGCCCAUGGUGGAAAGUGACUUUAUGGCCAAUCCACCCUACAAGCCUGUUAUCCUUGAGACCAACGAUGCACGCUUUAUUGCAGAUUCUCCAGUAGGGAGCAGCAAUAUCAACUCAUCAUUUCAGUGGCCAAUGAGUACCGAGACUGACUCAUGGCAUCCUCAUUAUCACCUAGACAGGCUAGCAUGGCCAGCUCCCACGACCUUGACAUCCUCCUCAUGGCCAAUGCCCGGAAAUAUGGCACCGAGGCCAGAUGAACUAGACUACGCCUCAGUUACGCCUCCAGGGAUCGGCACCUCUCAACCCCAGCCGGUCAAUAGUCUGCCAAGAUACACUGGCCUACCCUCCAUGCCGGAUUGCAGCACAUCAUUCUCUACUCCGCCCUCCUCAACUAUGCGCCUGGAACAUCCACAAACCCAACAUGAGAACCCAGCCAUAAAAGCGAGUCUGCACUACAGCGAUGCUCGAAACGCGCUGCUCAUCCAAUGGAAACGAGCUGGGCUAUCUUACAAAGAUAUCAAGCGCAUGGGCGGCUUCAAAGAAGCGGAGUCAACUCUUCGAGGGCGAUUCCGAACUCUCACGAAGGCCAAAGAGCAGCGUGUGCGGAAACCCAAGUGGCUCAAGCGGGACGUGAGUAUUCCUUUACCUCCAUACAAACUGGGAGAUGAGUCUAGACAGAUCGAGUGGACGUCAAGCACCCAGAUGAAUGAAGCCCAAAGCUAA